AUGCGUAGAGCGCCUUUUCUAAUGCAGAUGCAGUUUUCUCUUCCAAUCAUCGCCAAGAAGUCGGACCUUCAGCAACAUGGUGAUACAUUUCCUCGAAAGACAGAGUCUCGUUUUUGGACAGUGGAAAGGAUGACAGACUUCGAAAAUGUUGGAUUUUGCAACACUGUGGAGGGCAUUAAGUACCUCAUAUGCGCAGACUGUGAAAUUGGCCCACUGGGCUACCACGAUACUCGCCUGGAGGCAGGUGGUCAAUCGCUCUUCCACAUAGCUGUUUCCCGUGUCCGGACCCUUGAUUCUAUUCCAUUUUCCGGCUAG